AGGAGGGAAGGUGCGAGCGAGCGCGCGGGGCCCGAAGCGAGCCGGCGACGCGCAGAGCUGCCGAGCGAGCGCACGGCCGUCGGCGGCCUCUCCCGAACCGCUGCGGCUUCCCAGCGCUGUGAGUGGUCGGUUAGACCGACGGCUGGCUAAAUUGGUGGGAGGCUGAGCUGGUGAGAAGCCACUGGAAGAGACUCAGAGGCAACCAUAAUGUCGGUAAGGUUUCACACACUGCCCACCCUGCCUGGAGCUGUCAAACCGGGUUGCAGAGAGCUGCUGUGCUUGUUGGUCAUCACAGUGAUGGUGAACCCCGGAGCCUCAGGAAUGUGCCCCACGGCUUGCAUCUGCGCCACUGACAUUGUCAGCUGCACUAACAAGAACCUGUCUAAGGUGCCUGGGAACCUUUUCAGACUGAUGAGAAGACUGGAUCUGAGCCAUAACAGAAUUGGACUUCUAGAUGCUGACUGGAUUCCCGUAUCAUUUGUCAAGCUGAGUACCCUAAUUAUUCGUCACAACAACAUCACCAGCAUCUCCACAGGCAGUUUCUCCACAACUCCAAACCUAAAGUGUCUUGACUUAUCAUCCAACAGGCUGAAGUCAGUGAAAAGUGCCGUGUUCCAAGAACUGAAGGUUCUGGAGGUGCUCCUGCUCUACAAUAAUCACAUUUCCUAUCUGGACCCAGCAGCAUUCGGAGGUCUCUCCCACUUGCAGAAACUCUACUUGAGUGGGAACCUCCUCACACAGUUUCCUAUGGAUUUGUAUGUUGGGAGGUUCAAGCUGGCCGAUCUGACAUUUUUAGAUGUUUCUUAUAAUCGAAUCCCUUCCAUACCAAUGCACCAUAUAAAUUUAGUGCCGGGAAAACAGCUGAGGGGCAUCUACCUUCAUGGAAAUCCAUUCGUCUGUGAUUGCUCCCUGUACUCAUUGCUGAUCUUUUGGUACCGUAGGCACUUCAGCUCGGUGAUGGAUUUUAAGAAUGACUAUACCUGCCGCCUAUGGUCUGACUCCAGACACUCCCAUCAGCUGUCCCUGCUCCAGGAUAGCUUUCUGAACUGUUCUGAGAGUGUCAUCAAUAGCUCCUUCCAUGCUCUUGGCUUUAUUCACGAAGCACAGGUCGGGGAAAGGCUGGUUGUUCACUGUGACAGCAAGACUGGUAAUGGAAAUACUGAUUUUGUCUGGGUUGGUCCCGAUAACAGACUGCUGGAGCCCGAUAAAGACAUGGGAAACUUUCAUGUGUUUUACAAUGGCAGUCUGGUUAUAGAGAGCCCUGGCUUCGAGGAUGCUGGAGUUUAUUCCUGUAUUGCAAUGAAUAGGCAACGUCUGUUAAAUGAAACUGUGGAUAUCAUGAUAAAUGUGAGCAAUUUCACCAUAAACAGAUCCCAUGCACAUGAGGCAUUUAACACGGCUUUUACCACUCUUGCUGCCUGCGUGGCCAGUAUAGUCCUGGUACUACUGUAUCUGUACCUGACACCGUGCCCAUGCAAAUGUAAGUCCAAGAGACAGAAAGAUGCGCUGAACCAAGCCAGUGCCCAUUCUUCCAUUCUCAGUCCUGGUCCCUCUGGUGAUGCCUGUGCUGAUGAACGGAGGGGAGGUAAAAGAGUGGUGUUUUUGGAACCCCUGAAGGAUACUGCAGCAGGGCAGAAUGGUAAAGUCAAGCUUUUCCCCAGUGAGACCGUGAUAGCUGAGGGCAUCUUAAAGUCUACGAGGGUGAAAUCUGACUCUGAUUCAGUCAACUCCGUGUUCUCAGACACACCCUUUGUGGCAUCCGCUUAAUUGUGUGCCUGUGUCUGUCUGGUGUCAUGAUUUAAUCUCUCCCUAAUUUAACUUUGUGUGGUCCACAAAAUCCAUAGCAGGGCAGAAAUUGUUUUUGUCUUUUGAGAUAAAACCAAAUGGUGUCUUAAGAUGGUUGCUAGGAAAUGAAGCCAAGCACACUGGUUGCUUGCUGUGCUGGGAAAAGAGGAGGUUGCUUUUGAGAGUUUAAGUUCUGGAUAACAGACAGCGUCUUACCCUUCAGCAUCCUUGAUGAUUUCAAAGCUGAUCUGAAAACACCGUGACCAGCAUUUAUCCCUUUAUCGGCUCUCAAAGGAAAAAUAAAUCUAUGUAUUAGCAUUCUUUAAAAAUAGACUGUUAACUAGAACCAAAGUUGAGCUUUUCUGUUUUUUAGAAAAACAUUAGUGACUUCUUUCAUCUUUAAAGAUGUAGAAGGAAGAAUCGGUUAUUUAUGAAGCAUAAAGUUAGUCAAGAAUUAUCUUUUCAGACCAGAAUGGACAAACUCUGAUAACACCCACGGGGUUAUGCCACACCUUGUGUCGUGUGGAGUAAGUAGUGGAAAGGUGUAAUUGCUGAGCUGUCUCCCUUCUCCAUAUUCUUUAUGCUGUAUCCUGGUACAAAAGCUCCCACUGAACAAUUAAAGGUGUCAUUAUUUGUUGCCAAGAAUAUGUGUCGGAUAUCAAAAUGUCUGAGCAGCCCUCUAAACCUUCGUUCUGACAUGCUUUGUCCAUCUGCUUGUAUAUCUGUAAAAUCUUAAGUUACAUGAACUGCUCAGUGGGCCCAAAUGUGCUGGGAUUUGAGACAUCUAAAUCAGUAUAAAUACAUGUGCUCUGUGACUUGA